AUGCCUUCGCUGCCUUGUCUGCAGCGGCACUCUGCGGCGGCGGUGUGUGUAGUGAGUGGCGUGGAGAGUAGAUUGGCACUUUCCACGUUCAGUUGUUCUCGCCGCCGGGCAUCGACUAUGACUGCGAUGACCUCCGAGCCGGUGGUGUGCCGCCGUAUUUACGACUGCCAGAAGCACGUGCGGGGUUUGCUUCAGGAGACCUCGGCAGUCUUUGCCCCCACGGCUCGGUCACGGUUGCGGCAUGGGAAGGCGUUUCCCAAGCGCUACUGUGGCGCCCGCACUCUGCUGGAGCUGCAUGAAAUGUCGCGGCAUUUUGUGGCGUCGUUGCGCGCGACGCUUUUUCUUCCUCGUGACGUGGUUCAAGAGGUGGACGAUUUCCCUAUGUUUCUAUUGAGCCACUUCCGACGUGCGGUUGCGCGGGCAAAGGAGGAGCGCCCUUGGAGCGAAGGGGAGAUAGUGGAAGGAUUCGUGGAUUGGAUGGACAUGGUGCUUCCUGCCUCCCCAUCCUCCGGCGGGGAGGAGGAGGUUGUCUCCUUCGUGGAGCUCAUGCGGCUUGUGCAGUCUUUUGUGCGCUAUCAUCACGGUGUACGGUGGGGUGGUUGGGCGACAAACACCGAGUGGCACCGCGGUGGCUAUCUACUGCAUCCGUGGCAUGACACGUACUGUCCCACGUCGCGUUCAGAGCAGAUGCCGUAUGUGCAUCUGCUGCAGUGGCUGCUCCGGCGAAGGCCGGCGCAGGACGAAGAAAAGCGCAUCACCGACACAGGAAGCAGAGGCGCAGCAGGCGUUGAGUUGUCCGCGAGGGACGGUGCGAUGCGCUGGUGGGGUGCAACAGAGCCAUUCUCUCCACCAUCAUGGCGAGGGGAGUGGAGUGCGGGUGCUACCGUUGGGUUUGCGGCGCUGGACUGCGGCUGCCACAGUGGUUACAUGACGGAUCUUCUCUUGAAGGCCGGGGCGCAGCAUGUGGUCGGCGUUGACGUCGCCGCGCAUGCUCUGGGAAGCGCCGAGGCGACUCUUCGGGAACACCUGCGCGAGCGGCGCAGCACGACGAGUGUGGCGAAAACAAUGCGAUUUAUUCGAUGCGACCUGCUUCCUGAGCUGGAGUCUGUGGCGAAGGAGGGCGAAGCGGAGGCAAGCCCCCUUAUGGAGGAGAAAAACACUUUGGCCACCGCCGCCGCGCGUCGCCGACGUCAGGCGCGGCACCGCCGUCUGCCGGAGAGCCCCCAGGCGUCUGCCUCGAUCCCUGCCGGGGCCACUGCCACAGAGGAGGGCGAAGUUGGUCCGUUUGAUCUUCUCGUGUUUCACCCUCCCAUGCAGCCGCUCCUUCCACCAUGGCCGUUGGUGCAGGAGUCACCCAACGUCUUUGAGUACCUUCCGCCGGGCGCCGAGGGUCAUCACCCACACUCUACCUUGCCUGCACUACACAGGCUUCUGCAACAACUUCUUUGCUCCUCGAAAGCCCAAGGUGUCAGCCACACCCAACCGCGACGGUGUACUACUACGACGCCGCUGCUGCAGGAUGGGGGUUACAUCGCAUUUGUGCUUCCACGGGCCUUUGACCCAAAAGACAUUCUGAAAUACGUCUCAUCAUCUCAGUCGUAUUCGUUUAACGGGGGCGGUUAUUUUGCCUCCCUCAGCGACGCUGUCACGGGGGCGCUGGAAGGGUCGUACGAGUUGGUCCUGCGUCGUCGUCACUCGCUGGCGGGGAUGUGCGACGCCGGCGGUGACGGCGUCCCCCGCUGCGACGCGGUGUACCUCCGCGAGUUUGCCCACCCACAGUGCCAGGACCGAAUCAGACGGGAGCUGAACGCCUUCUACAGCACCCACCAAGCGGUGGAUCUGCUUGUGCUGCGGAAGAAGCCAGUCAGCGACGGGAGCGGCGUGGGCGCGAGGAGUGGGGGCGACAAACGUAAUGAAAGUCAUGGGGCGAGCUCCGUCCGUGCCAACCGAGGCGAUAAUCCGCUUCCGUUCGACGAGAGCUUUGAGUACAUGGAGUACAUCCCGGCCGACGGUCCCCCGCCCCAGCACCACUGGACGGCGAUGACGCCAACGUACUCUUAUUUGGAGGAUGACUUUUUCGGCAGCAACGCGGCGACAGCAGGGGCGAGUUCGCAUAAACGGAACUUUUUGUCCGUCGGCCACACCGCCUCUCCCGUCAGAGAAGAGAACGCAGAAGGCCCCACGGCCAACGUGAGUCACGCAGAACUGCAAACGUUGGAGCGCAACAUGCAGAAUUACCGGAGCAUCUUCACUGGGGAGCUCAAAACGCGGCGUAGGCGUCGACUACGCAAAAUGGCAUUGCAGUCAGUGGAGAAACAGGAGUGGUACAUUGACGAGAAACUUGUCAAGUCCGAGGGGGCGAAGAUCGACCUGCUUAACGAACUCUCACGGUUUGACUUGCAAGAUUGGGACUGA